UUUUCAGGGCUAUGGAAUUCUAACCUCAAAAAAAAACAACAAUAAUUAAUUAUUAAACAAUGUUAAUAAUUUAAAUAAAAUUAUCAAAAAAUGGCCUACAAUUCCAAUUCAGUAAACAUAUCCGUAGAAGCGCCCAUUGAAAAUCAAAUACAAGAAAUAACCUACGAUGGUCAAGAAAUAUAUCAAGCGCCACUAACUCUGUCGGAAAGCUUAGCGAAGUACGCCCAGAAAAUCGAUUUCAGUAGAGCUCUAAGCGAAAUAAAUGUAAAGAAGGAAUCGGGGGACAAUUCGGAUGAUUCCAAAUCGGAUGGCGACAGUAAAGAUGCGUUUCAAUCGAAUCUGUGGCCAUGGGAUUCAAUUCGGAAUAAGUUACGCAACGCCUAUCAGGAGGUGUGCGUUUUAAGUGAUGUUUUAACAAUUGCGAAGGAGAAGCGAUACAUGGUGCUGGAUCCCGUCCAACAGGAGCCGAUUGAAACUAAACCAAUGGUGCAGAUUUACGCCCGGAAAAAGGCACUAACAGGGGCUGCCAGUGUGUUACUAACGGGUGCUGAACGGUUGAAAACCUCACAAAAUGAGCUGUUACGAAAUCGGUCAACUCCCGACUUUCACAUUGAAUUACUGAGGCUAAGACAAAAUUGGAGGCUGAAAAAGGUUUCGAACUCGAUUAUUGGUGAUCUCAGUUAUCGUACGGCGGGCUCAAAAUACGCACAGAGUGGCAUGUUUGAGGUAACAAAAGCCGAGGAGGAAGAGAAAAGCAGUAGCCCUCCCAGCAGUCCUAUGCCGGUUCCUGCACCUGCGAAAAGUAAUUCUUCGCUACGAGUUACAGUCCCUUCAGAGUUGCAAGGUGUCGCCUAUAUAGAAGUAUUAUGUCAGAAAGAUCAAGAGGAUCUCUGCAGUGCUAACAUUAAUUUGUUAAACUCCGCACCGACGACUGCUAAUCCCGAUGUACACUGGCAGCAGAAAUUGGAAGCGGCUCAGAAUGUUUUGUUUUGCAAGGAGCUGUUUAAUCAGUUGGCGAAGGAAGCUGUACAGCUUCAAGCGCCCAUCCCUCACAUGGUUGUAGGAAAUCAAAUUAUGGCAACUGUCUUGCCGGGAAUCCAGCUGGUGAUAGGCUUAUGCCACUCGACAUCAUCAGAGAAGAAGUCGUCACAAUUGACACCCCCACCCUCCAAAAGUGACCACGAUCACGUCUUAGAGCACUCCUUACACCAACUUUUACGUGAAGUCCACCACAAGAACACUCACCAUCCGUUCCCACACCCCUCAUCAGCACCGCUGGGACCUUCCAAAAAACGAUACCUUGCGGGACCCAUGGCAGCAGAUCGCUAUGAACUACUCGAAAUGACGCAAUCCGAAACGUUACUCGAGCAAAUCAUUAAGCAAGCGCAACACUUCUUCAUGCGCAUGCGUACCGAAUAUGUUCUCGACACAAUCGCAAAAGAAGUAAAAGAUCCCCUAAUCAGCUCACACUGGAAUACUCUCAACAGCCCGACGCAGUCAUGCGUUAAAAUCAACAUAUCAACUCACGGGUACGACGCAGUGUGCCGUACACCUUUGGUCAUUCACGUCGGCGAGAAGAGCCUCAAGUGCAUCUGUCGUGACGGAAAAGUAAUGCAUAUGAGCUAUGAGCCGCAAGAACUGAGAGACUUAAUUUUCUGCCACAUUAACCAACACCAAAUAUUGGCGGUACAGGCACUCGCGAAAACAAUGGGCUGGCAAUUUUUGGGUAACUCAAACCAUCUGGGAUUGGGAGCGGUCGAGCCGUUGGGCAAUGCCAGCUCUUGUCUACUCGCAUCGCCGAUCGGCGACCGGCUGAUAGCCGUGAGAUGCGAGCCGCAGUCGGGUGUUCAAGUGUCCGUGGUUCACUCGCCUAGAACCGACUUCUUUCCGAGUCGCCUCGUAACCGAAAGGAAGUGGGAACAUUUGGGUGGCCAGUUUCGGGAGGUGCGGCUUGAGAAAAUGGAGGGGAGGAAUUUUUUGCAUAAGAUGGAGUUGCUCAUGGCAAGCCUAACCAGUAAUUCUUGAAGUAUUGAAUUGUGUCUGAUUGUAAUGUUAUUUAAUUGUUAGUUUUAAUUAUGACUAAGUGUAAGGUGUGACAUUUGUGCAGCAAAUUUUUAAAUAUU